UAAUAUGUGCAAAUUGCAAUAUCAGAUUUCAAAUAAUUUUCUAUAGAAAAAUCUGAUAUUCAGAAUAAAUAAUUACAAUCUUGCUCUCUUAAAUCGUGACUUAAAAACUUUGUCAAUCGAAUUUAUGGUUGAUAUUCCCCUUUGUUGAUUUUGAGUAUAUUUUACAAAAUUUCGAUCAAUAUUGCACGCACUGCAGCAGGCACAAUUGGAGGUCACGCCUGUAGGCCACAGUUUAGUCUGCUUCGAUCGUUCAUAGUGGUCUGUCACGCAUUUAGAAAUUCGAACUUGAAAUACAGCACAAGCAUCAUGCCGAUCCAAAGUAUUAAAGCUCGUCAAAUUUAUGACUCUCGUGGAAAUCCCACUGUUGAGGUUGAUCUUGUGACGGAACAAGGAUUGUUCAGAGCCGCUGUUCCUUCUGGUGCUUCCACUGGUGUUCAUGAGGCACUCGAACUUCGUGAUAAUGACAAAUCUAAAUAUCACGGAAAAUCUGUAUUCAAGGCUGUUGAUAAUAUCAACAGUAUUAUCACUCCAGAAUUAUUAAAGGCUAAUAUUGACGUCACUCAACAAACUGAAAUUGACAAUUUACUUUUGAAAAUCGAUGGCACUCCAAAUAAAGCAAAAUUAGGUGCCAAUGCAAUUUUGGGUGUUUCUCUAGCCGUUUGUAAAGCUGGAGCAGCUAAGAAAGGAGUUCCACUAUACAAAUAUAUUGCUGAAUUGGCUGGAAAUAGUGAAAUUAUUCUUCCAACACCGGCUUUCAAUGUCAUCAAUGGCGGUUCUCAUGCAGGAAAUAAACUCGCCAUGCAGGAGUUCAUGAUUCUCCCUACUGGCGCAGCUAACUUCACCGAAGCAAUGAAAAUGGGAAGUGAAGUUUACCAUCACUUGAAGGCUGGAAUCAAGAAGAAGUUUGGUCUUGACGCCACCGCUGUUGGUGAUGAGGGUGGUUUCGCUCCCAACAUUUUGGAAAAUAAGGAAGCUCUUCUUCUAAUUACAGAUGCCAUUAAGGUUGCCGGUUACGAAGGCAAGAUCAAGAUCGGUAUGGACGUUGCCGCUUCAGAAUUCUUCAAGAAUGGCAAAUACGAUUUGGACUUUAAAAACGAAAAGUCCGAUCCAAACACUUACCUCGAACCGGAGGCAUUGAAAAAUCUUUAUUUAGAUUUCGUCAAAGAAUUCCCAAUUGUGUCAAUUGAGGAUCCCUUCGAUCAGGACGAUUGGAGUUCCUGGACAUCAAUGACAGCUGCCACUCCAAUUCAAAUUGUCGGCGACGAUCUCACCGUCACCAAUCCCGAAAGAAUUAAGACCGCAAUUGAAAAGAAGGCUUGCAAUUGCCUCUUGUUGAAGGUGAAUCAAAUUGGAAGUGUAACGGAAUCAAUAAACGCUCAUAAACUUGCAAAGAGCAAUGGCUGGGGUACAAUGGUCUCUCAUCGUUCGGGAGAAACUGAGGACACAUUCAUUGCCGAUUUGGUCGUUGGUCUUUCGACCGGUCAAAUUAAAACCGGUGCUCCAUGUCGUUCCGAGCGAUUGGCCAAAUACAAUCAAAUUCUUCGCAUUGAAGAGGAACUUGGAAGUGGUGCCAAAUACGCCGGUGAAAAAUUCCGAAAUCCACAAGCUUAAAUUUUUGUUGAUCACUCAACAAUUUGCAUUGUUAUGAAAUUUUAGCUGGUCCCGUUUCACUGUAAUUUUUAAAUGAGUCUUCAUUGCAAAAACCAAAGGCAACUUUUUUUUAAUUUAAACUCAGGUAUUUGAAUUAUAUAUAUUUGAAUUUGAAUAUUCUUUCCUUCUUUAAAAAUGAGAAAUUUGAGUUUUCGUUACAAUUUGAAUAUUGUUCUUUCUAUUUUGAAAAGAAAUGUAAGUUUUUAGAUCUUGUUAACGGAGAACGUUUUAUUUCUGUGUUGAUUUUUUUUCUAUAUUCUUUUUUUAAUUUCGAAUCUAUUUUAAGUGUUAACGCCUUUGCAUAAUAAGAGAAAGAACGUAUCAUAUUUUGUGACGUUAAACUUGAAGAGAAUUUAAAUUUUUGCGAAAUAUUUUAGAAUUGUAGACAAAAAGGAAAAUUAAAGCACUCUUAUCAAUUAUUGGACAAUAUCUGUGAGAGAAUAGUUUGUUAUUCUUGCGAUCGAAUGUAUGUAAGCCAAAUAAAAAGUAAUGUAUGAACUUGUAA